AUGGAUGCGAAAACCACCCGCAGCGCUAUGGGGAUAGGACAAGCUAUGGAUUUGGUAACAGGCGUACUAGCAGCCUGCAAGGUGGGACUGGAGGUGCCCGGACUCAGGGCAGAACAGAGCAUCAAAGUUAUACUGGAUGCAACGACGGUGGAGCUGGGUAAGCUGGGGAGAAGUAACAUGCCUCUCACCGAUGACAAGGCGCCCCUGUCUGGAGGGGAUGGAAGCAGCUGGAUGAAUUGA